AGUUGAAGAAGAAAGUGAACAAUUUCAUCCCAUCAACAUAUCCAACAAAAUUCUUAUAGAUGAUGAGAAGAGCCUCUUGAGUAAAGGACCAUCAUUUUGCCCCACACCGAAGGACGUUAACAGACUUAAACUCGCCGAAGACUGGGAGAAUUUCGAAAACCGCCUACGAAGUGCUGUUCUUUUUAAACAAAUUAUACCAGAAAAAGGUACACCCAUCAAUGAGAGCACGCAACUACUACCGAAGUUUAAGAGUAAGUCCACAUGGAGAGCCCCAGUAUCUAAAUCACUGCCCUUGGAGAACUUUUUACAAUUGGUGAAAACAGACAUAUUUGAUCCGGCAAAUGCUAAAAAAGCAUUAGACAAUUUAAACAAAGGUGAGCGUCGCGCAUUAGGGGAUCUUCAGCAAUUGGACAGUCAAUCUAUUAAAAUCCAGGACAAGGGAUCAAAGUUCGUCAUCUUGGAAACGGAAGGAUAUGAUAGUAAAAUGGAUAAACAAUUGAAUAACCCUCUGCACUACCACAAGUUGGAUUCAGAUUCGAGCUCCAAUCACUUUGAUGUUGUAGCAAGUUGGUGUAAUAAAUGGCUUGCCAAAGGAGAAAUUACGCAAGAUUUAGCAGGCUCGAUCGCUAAUGAAAAAGUAAAACCUGGUAAAGC